AUGCAGCGUCCUGCAAGCUACAAGGAAAUUCUCGACGUCGCCACCAAGGCCGUGUCCAUCUUCGCGGCGUCGAAGGAACUGGACCUGCUGGUCCUCACGAACAGAUACCCCAGGGAGAAGCUCGAGAAGCACCUCGUGUCCGCCGACCCUGACUUCUACCUCUGGUCGCCGCGCGACGCGCCCCCGCAGCACCGCGUGCUGUGCUACAAGCUGCCCAGGGCGCCGGGCGAGGCCAAGCGCGGCUGCAAGGUCAACGUCGUGCUGCCGGACAACAUCGGCAUGCCGGUGAUCCUCCCGAGCAAGGUGCAGCGUAUCGACGACCUGCCCGUCAUGCCACUGCUGCUGCUGCUGUUCCUGAAGCUGCAGUGCUGGACGGACCGCCGCGUCACCCUGCGCUGGUAUAUGCGCUCCAAGCAGCACGACGAGGACGUCAGGGACAUCCGCGAUCUGCUCGUCCUCGUGCGCAGCCGCGGCGAGUGCAUCGACAGGGACAGGCUGCAGUGGCUCCCGACGCCGACGGUGGAGGCCGCUAUCGUCCGCAUCACAGAGUUUGUAGAAGCCUUCCCAGAUACCACGACUAAUUGGAGGGUCGUUGGGUAUGCCCCGCGGUGA